AUGAUGUUGUUAAGGUUGGACACCAUGCAAGUUGGACAAUGUUCAUGGUUGGCAAUGACGCACAAGUCAGCCACAAUGUUCUUCCACAUAUGCACAAUCAACAAACACCGCCCGAGCAUAACCUCGACAAAGUUAACCGUUUCUAGGACCCACAAACUUGAUCAUCCCGAUGUCGUGGGGAAGAGGAAGGGAGAUGCACAUCAUCAUUUUGUUCGUAAUCAUGUUCAGAUGGACGAGGGGAUGAAGCUCGAGGAGAUGGAGGCCAUGGAGAGUGUGAAGAAUGUGCAAUGA